CUUAGUUCCUCAACCAGCCAGCCUAGUGAGUCUCUCCUACUAUAUAAGUUCCCUCUCCCCAGCCAGAUCCCAUUUCUCAGUGUUCCUGUGUACCUGGAGGAGCUUCCUGGGAAAUCAUCAUGAAGAUCCUGUUUGCAGCUCUCCUUGCUGUGUUUGUCCUGUCUAACUUUGACAUGGUGGACUCUUCUUAUGAUAAGAUAGUCUACCACAGUAAAGUCAGAGCAAGAAAAGAGGGACCCAACGUGUGCGCUCUGCAGCAGGUCAUGGGGACCAAGAAGAAGUACUUCAGCACGUGUCGUAACUGGUAUCAAGGGGCCAUCUGUGGAAAGAAAGCGACGGUGCUGUAUGAGUGCUGUCCAGGGUACAUGAAGCUGGACGGAAUGAAAGGAUGCCCUGCAGUGGCCCCUAUAGACAAUGUGUAUGGUACCUUGGGCCUGGUCAAGGCCAUCUCCACCCAGGAAUACUCUCACAUCUCCAAGCUAAGGGAGGAGAUAGAGGGAUCUGGGACAUACACCUUCUUCGCUCCCAGCAACGAUGCUUGGGACUUGUUAGAUGGGGAAGUGCGUAGUGCGUUGGUGAGCAACGUGAACAUUGAGCUGUACAACGCCCUGCACUACCACAUGGCUAACAAACGCCUACAGACCAAAGACCUGAAGAACGGCCUGGUGGUCGACUCCAUGUACAACGACCUGGGACUCUACAUCAACCACUACUCCAACGGGAUCGUGACGGUGAACUGUGCCAGGAUUAUCCAUGGCAACCAGGUUGCCACCAACGGAGUGGUGCACGUCAUUGACCGUGUCAUCACUGGCGUGAGCAACACCAUCCAGGAUGUCAUUGAGGUUGACGAUGACCUCACCACUCUCAGUGAUGUGGCCCUGGCCUCAGGCCUGCUGGACAAGCUGGGACAGCCCGGCCAGUACACCCUGUUUGCCCCCACCAACGAUGCCUUCGCCAAGCUGGACUCGGAUGUGCUGCAACGACUGAUGGGUGACAAGGGUGUCCUCCAAGCCCUGCUGAACUUCCACAUGCUGAACUCUGUCCAGUGUUCAGAGGGCAUCAUGUCCGGCCAGACCUUUGAGACCCUGGAGGGCCACAAUAUUGAGAUUGGCUGUGAUGGGGAAAGCCUGACGGUGAACGGCAUCAAGAUGGUGCUGAAGAAAGACAUAGUCACCACCAACGGAGUCAUCCACCUCAUUGACGAGGUCCUCAUGCCUGACUCAGCCAAGCAGGUGAUGGAGCUGCUCACCCCUUCCCAGUCCACCUUCAGUGACAUGGUGUCAGAGCUGGGUCUGUCUGCAGCCAUGGAAGCCAAGGCAGAAUACACACUACUGGCCCCGCUCAAUUCUGUCUUUACUGAUGAGGUGAUGUCCAUUGACCAGAGCUUUCUGAAGAUGAUUCUGGAGAACCACAUCCUGAAGGAGAAGAUUACUCUGGGACAGCUGUACAAUGGACAGCGCCUGGAGACCAUUGCCGGGAAGUUCCUCAGAGUCUUCAUCUACCGCACAGCGGUGUGCAUAGAGAACUCCUGCCUGGUGCGCGGCAGCAAGGAGGGCAGUAACGGAGCCCUCCACCUGAUGAGGACUCUGAUGAAGCCAGCUGAGACCACCAUGUUCCAGAUCCUCACUGACAACGGAAGAUUCAAGAUUUUCCUGUCACUGAUGGAGACGGCUGGUCUGACUGACCUGCUCAAACAGGAAGGAGAAUACACUCUGUUUGCUCCCAGUGAUGAGGCCUUCACUGGCGUCAGAGAGAGCGACCUGGCUCUGCUCAGAGGUAAUAUGAAUGCCCUGCGUACCAUCCUGCUCUACCACUUCAGUAACGGAGUGUUCAUCGGUGGAGGUCUGGAGACUGGGGUGACCAACCUUCUCAAGUCUCUGCAGGGCAAUAACCUCCGAGUGCUGCAUGCUAACAACACAAUCAGAGUGAACACUAUUGAGGUCCCUGAACACGAUAUCAUGGCCACUAAUGGAGCCAUUCACUUUGUCAAAACCCUCCUCUACCCUGGUGAGCUGCCUGCUGGAAACUCUGACCUGCUUGGGCUGCUGAGAAGACUCAUCAAGUACAUGGAGAUCAAGUUCGUGUCAGGAUACAGCUAUAAGGAAAUCCCCCUCACAUUCAUGAAGAGGACGGUCAUCACACGCUUCAUUGAGUCAGUUCCUGAUGUGACCCAUGUGACUAGGGUUAUCGAAAGGGAGCCUACCAUCACCAAGGUGACAAGGGUGAUUGAGGGAGAGCCUACCAUCACCAAGGUGACAAGGGUGAUUGAGGGAGAGCCUACCAUCACCAAGGUGACAAGGGUGAUUGAGGGAGAGCCUAUCAUCACCAAGGUGACAAGGGUGAUUGAGGGAGAGCCUACCAUCACCAAGGUGACCAGAGUCAUUGAAGGUGAGCCAAAGUUCACCAAGGUCACUCGACUCAUCGAGGGAGAGCCCAAGGUCACCAAAGUUACGAGAGUGGUCUCAGGUCCUCAGUACUCAGCCAGCAACAGUGGCUCCAGCAUUGGUAUCGCAAACCUCCAGCAGAAAGUGGGAAACCCAAGACCAGUAAUUAGCAGGAGAAUUCCAGCUGGUCCCAGAAGGAAUGUCAGACCAAAGGAACAAAGUGCAUGAACAUGGACAGACCAGGUGACUGAAGAUGCACCAGCAACCAGAGAGGAACAACAGAGAUAAUGUCAAUGAUUGGUCUCCCAUACAAGCGCUACACUCCAAAUGACCUGUGUGUAGACAUACAGAACUUGAACUUAGUGAGACCAGUAAAGCCAUUUGCUAAACAAAACACAAAUCAUUGGUGAAUGUAUCUAAAGAUAACUAAAAGCCAUCAAUAUAUGUAAAUAGUGUACACAUAUUUGUGGGUUUUGGGGGUGUAUUAGAGAUUAAAGAUUAAAAGCUAGCCAGAGGUAGCAAAAUUAUCUUUAAAACCAAGCUAUUGGAAGCCUUGACCAUUGGUUGAUGUGAUACAACAGGAUUUUUGGGAAGUUUUAGUAAUUUUGGGGAACUUUUUAAAUUUACCUCUGCAUAAUAUCAAGUUUGUGAUGCUCACAUAAAAAUAAAUAAAAUUACAAAUGUGAUUGCUAUUUUCUGACUGUACUUCUGCAAAUGUUUAUAUUUUUCUACCAGAUGUAAUUUCAGCUCUGAUCUGACUUGAAUGUCACAGUAGUGUGUUUGCUUUCUCUUUCUGCCUUUGUCUACCUAGCUAAACAUUCAGCUCUGAUCUGACUUGAAUGUCACAGUAGUGUGUUUGCUUUCUAUUUCUGCCUUUCUGUCUACCUAGCUAAACAUUCAGAUAUUGAUCUUGUCUUUGCUUUUAGAUGUUUCAAAUGUGCAACAUUCUGACAAACUUAACUUUUCACAUACUGUAUUCUCUCAAUAGCUUUUUUUACUGCAGUUUUGAAACCUUUUUCAAUAAAGUAUAUUCUUGGA